CAGCUGUUCGGCCCAAAACAAAUGCAAAUAAAUAUUUCGCCAACUAUAUUGUUAGAAGUUCGAAAAUCAAAUGCAUACACAGCGUUCAAGCAAUUGGCACGCUGAGUUACAGCAGCAGCAGAAACAGCAUCGCUUCCAGCUUUGACGAAACUAACUGAGAGCACCGCUGGCAAUGAUGCCGAUGCCCAUGUCCGCAUACGCAUACGAUGUGGCCAGCCGCACUCACACGAUUGUUACGACGGCGCAUUAUUUAUAUAAUUCUAGUACUGCUGGCCAUUCUUUACAUAUUCGGCAACCUCUUUGAUCAGGAGGGAGCCUUCAGUGCGCUUCAUUACGAUGAAUAUAAGCCACAACGGACACGCCCGCUAUUAUGGAAGCAGCAAUUGUUGCCGCCCGAAGAACAUCUCAAUCGCACCAAGGAUCCCGACUUACGUUGCCGCAAUUCGGUGCAAGGACGGCAGCUGCUGGCCGAUGAACGAGGAUUCGUAUGCCUACGGGAACAGAUGCUGGUCAAUGGCUGCUGCAAUGUUGAGUUGGCCGGGAUUAGCUACUAUAGCUGCUACAGUUGCAAUACCACAUCACACUGUUGCGGCAUCUAUGAAUACUGUGUCUCCUGUUGCCUCCAUCCGAACAAGCGAUCUCUGCUGGAGCAAGUGCUCCAGGCGCACGACACACAGAAAUAUAUCUACGCCAGUGUUGUGGACCACUUUGAGCUGUGCCUGGUCAAGUGUCGCACCAACUCACAUUCUGUCGAGCACGAGAACAAGUACCGCAAUGAGGCGGCCAAAUACUGCUAUGGCACCACUGAAGCGCACGAGUCGCAGCGCGAGGUUGCUCCCCGGGGUGGCCAGGGUUAGCCACUGCCUGGCUCUCAAAGAUCGUGCGAAAUCUUUGCGUAAUGUCUGAGUGUUGUUCAGCAGAGUAAUCUUGCAUUCAUUUGUAAAUUGCAUGGACAGUCUCUCCUUGAUUGUCCAAAUUAAAUGUAUAUAGGUCACAUUGAUUACACUGAUUAAGUGGCACUGCGACAAAUAGUUUUUAGUUGAACUCGCCAUGAUAGGAGCAAUGCCCAGGAAUGUUGAGGCAUUUGCACAUCUUUUGCGAUAAAUGCUCGAUUUUUCGUUCUGUCUCAGGUCAAUGACAUAUUUGUUUAUAACUUUAGUUAAUUGCCAAGUAAAUGGAGUCCCUUCAUUCUGGGAAUAUUGAACAAAUCUCUAGAAUUUAUAUAGCAUAUAGUUACCAUAGCAAGGUGUUAAGAUAGUUUAAGCCUUUUAAUACGGUACACAUAUUAGACAUUUAUCAUUCAGAUAUAGU